AUGGCCACCUUUCCUCACCAAUAUGGCUGCCUCGCCUCACCAAUAUGGCCGCCUCUCCUCACCAAUAUGGCUGCUUCUAAUGUCCAAUAUGGCCGCCUCUCCUCACCAAUAUUGCCGCCUCUCCUGACGAAUAACCUACCGUUCUUUCUCCUCCAGAGGGCCAACUCCAGCACAGAGCUGAGCAACAUGCUGCUCCCUCGCCAGGUGUCCAGAGAAGAGCACACAUGCAGGGACCGAGCUCUGAGCGCCGCCAGCUAUCUCACCGACGCCUUGGAGGGUAAGGGCAAGGGCCUCUGUCCUCUACCAUUCGCUUCACUGCCUCAUUGAGGGACAAAUUGUGUGAGCCCAGGAGCUCCUCUUAUCUGCUGUUUACCCCUCUAUGAGGCUUGAGGCUGAGGGUGUCCUCAAAUGUGCACUGGCCUUGCCUAUGGACUAGAUAGAGGGUGACUGUGCGGCGGAAGCCACAGUGCAAAGUUACACCAACAGAUAAACACAUUAGAAGUCAUGAUCACACAUGAGGCCCUACCGCCUCAUCCUCAGUGACCUGCCAUCAAUCUUCAUCAAACUCCUCAUUACGCAUGCAUGCACCCAAGCUAGGCCCAACCCACAUCUGGCAAAGGCAUACUGUGACAACCUUCCUGAACAAAGUGUGUUCUUUUGCCCCCCACCCACCCUCCUAGAACUGGAGGAGUCGCGUCAGAAGUACCACCCCUGCUUGUAUGAGUUUGCCCACAAGUACCUGAUCUGGGAAAGCAGUCCACGUUGGCUUCAGUUGAAGGCGCUGGUCAAGGUAAUGGUGAUGGAUCCCUUCCUGGACCUAGCCAUUACCAUCUGCAUCGUGCUCAACACCCUGUUCAUGGCCAUGGAGCACUACCCCAUGACUGACGAGUUCAACGGCAUGCUGUCCAUAGGCAACCUGGUAAGUGGAGAGGAGAGGGCACAAGGGGAACUCUUG